AUGUCAACCUUUAAUAUUGCUGCUAAUUACAACAAUCGCAUAAUUCCAGAUUAUAUAGAAGCUCCUCUUGAAAAUCCUCUCAAAGUAAAGACAGUAGUUUACUUGUGUGAUCAUGCUGGAAAAACCCAAGUGAAAGAAACUUCUCAGCCUGCUCAGAAACACAUCAGAACAACCAAGUCUAUCAAGAUUGAUUGUUCUGCUAGUAUCUAUAAGCAUACCAUGACUGAUGGUACUGUUUGUAUCAAAUACAGCUGGCAGCACCCAAACCAUGAUCCAUUUAAGAUUGAAGAGAUCAGUUUGUCAAGAUUGUCAAAUGAAUUAAAACAAUGGGUAGAAGGGCUUGUCAGCCAAAACAUGGAUUGGAAAUCCAUCAAAAACAUGUUUAGAAUGAGUGAAAACAGACUUCUUGAAGCUGCAACCUUUCACACCAAUAAUUUGAUAGAGUCUUAUCACAAUCAGCUGAAGACUUUCUAUCUUGGACGUGCAAGAUCUCUUUGA